AUGAGCGCCAGUAACAAACGGGAGGACGGUGCAGGCCGCGCCCCAGCGUGUGCCGCAUUCGCCUGCUGUGUGUGCCGCCGCAUCGUCACGCUCGACGGGCGGGGCGUGGCGUGUGGCGCGGGCCUUCCGCUCGCGUUGCCGUCGUCGAUGUGCACUGCGCCGUCAGUAGUAGCAGCAGCUGCAGCAGCAGCAUCACCGCUUCGGCCGCCGAGUGGCGUCUUUCUCAAGACAUCGCGGGUGCUGCACGUCGAGGAUACGGUGGCUGAGCGGCGGCGCCGCAGGGACCAGCGAGCUUCGCUUCUAAAGGCGAGGGAUGAGGCGUGGCGGGACCAGCAAAGGCAGCACCAGGAAAAUGUAAAGGGAUCAGGUGGGGGAGAUGCCGAAGCGGCGCUGGAUGAGUGGGAAGAGCAGGAGACGGCACACCGGCAGCUGCUGCACCCGGCCAUCAGGGGCUCACUGUUGAGCGCGGCGGGAAAGUACACUCCGCUGGCGCCAUCGCCACUUACGCCGUGGCUCAACACACGCUACGCCCGCUUGAAGAACGGCUUGUAUAACACCAGCGGCACAGCUCCCGCAACGGUCGAUGCAAGGCGAACAAUGACUGCGGAGGCGCGCAUUGUGGCGCGUCUGUCACCGUCUUUUUCGUAUCAGUACGCGUGGCUUUCCGCGGCGGAAGCGGAAACGUACAUAGGGGAGCUGUGGCGCAUGCUACACGACGCUCCAGUUCCCCCGCCAGGCUCGUCGACCCCACUCACUGUUCAGUGUGACGAGUUCCGUCGUGGGGAAGAGCAGAAACUGCAGCAGGCUGAGCAACAGCAAACCGCCGGAAUGACAACAGAGGUCACCACCACGCCACUGGGCUCCCCGCAGCUUCUGCCGUCAUCACGGCGGGUUUCGCAGCUUUCGUUUGCGUCGGCCAACAACAUUCCCUCGCUGGAGGGGUCGCCAACGAUGAAUCUCUGCGCGCCGUCCCUUGUGCCAGGCCGCACGGCACCCUCUCCGCUCUUUGCGGUGACGGCAAUAACAUCUGGCUGCUCACCUCGUGCGUUGCCGACCCUGCACAUGCGCAAAAUCGAGGCGAUGAGGCUGCACGCAGUAGAUUCCGAUUCUACGCGUAGAGGAAGAACGUCAUUGACGAGCCGUAUCCCGCCCAAAGCGACGAUACCCUUGCCGCAGUUGUUGUCUUCCUCUGCCGCCGCCGCCGUUACUGCAGCCCUGCCCUCCAGGGAGGUAUAUAUCUCGACGUUUGCGCGCCACUUAAUGCGGCGGGUGGUGCAUAACGCUGGCACAGACCUACCGCUCUGCCCACGUUGCUGCAAGGAAGCUCUGGAAAUGCAGCAGAAGAGCGUUGGCCAGGUUGUAGAGGAUGUCGUUGGCCUCGCCGCGGCUUAUGCAAACCCCGACGCGGUGAGUUUUGUACUUUGCUACCGUGCGGGCUGCGCGCGCGAGGAGACGACGAGACCUGGCUUGUGUGAUGCGAGCGCAAUAAACACCCGCGAGGCGCCACUGGCCUCCAGCAAUAAUGACAACAGCAAUAAGAAUUCUCCAACAUCAGAGGGGCAGAAUCAUCAUCAGCAGUGGCAGCAGGACCGUGAGGAUGGCCUCGUUGGUGUGCAGAACAUAUUGGUUAAUUCGGAUGUGAGCGUCAGCUGUGUGGUGCAGCAAGAGGCGCUGCAGCGGCUGAAGCUGGAGCUGCUGGAGGCGGAAGCGCAGUCGCGUCUUCUUUCUGCGUUCUUGCAGGCGUUCCGCCAUGAGGCAGACGUGCUGGCGGCGCAGCGGCGCGUCGAGGCCUCGGCGUUGUGUGCAAAGAUGGCGGCGGCGCGCAACGCCCAGCAGGUGCGCGCCUUCUUUGAUGUGGAGGACGCCGCAUCAGGAGUCGCCCUGCGUAUGCAGAACGCCAUGCGCAGCUGUGCCUUUGUCGCUAAGACGAGCGCAGUGCUGCUGGCGUUUCCCGUACGCACCAGCGGCGUUGUCGCGACGAUCGCGGGGCUGCGGCUCGGCCAGCACCCCGCCAACUCGGCGGCGUGG